AUGAGCAACCCCGUCGUGUAUUUCGAUAUUUGCUUUGCCGGCGAGCCCGCGCCGUCGCGCGCAGGCGAGAACCGUGUUGUGCUCGAACUUUUUGCGGACAGAGUGCCCAAAACCGCCGAAAACUUUCGCGCGUUGUGCACGGGCGAAAAAGGCACGGGCCAGGCUGGCAAGCCACUCUCGUACAAAGGCAGUGCUUUCCACCGCGUUAUCCCCCACUUUAUGAUACAAGGUGGCGACUUUACCAAUGGAAACGGUACAGGCGGCGAGUCGAUCUACGGCGAAAAGUUUGAGGAUGAAAAGCUUGAUGGGAAACACGAUGUGCCCUUUCUUCUGAGCAUGGCCAACGCUGGCCCAAACACAAACGGCUCGCAGUUCUUUAUCACGACAGUCCCGACGCCUCAUCUCGACGGAAAGCACGUUGUCUUUGGCCGUGCGUUGCGCGGAAAAAAUGUGGUGCGCCGCAUUGAGAAUGCACAGAUAGGCGAGAACGACCGCCCGGCGCAGGAAAUCACGAUUAGCGACUGCGGCCAAUUUGCGCCGAACCAAGUGUGCGACCCCGCGUUUGACUAUGGCAUUGAGCCAGAUGAGUCUGGUGAUACCUACGAGACGUUCCCCGACGACCACAACGUGGAUUUGGAGGAGAAACCUGAAGAAGCACUGCGCAUCGCCACAGACCUGAAAGGGAUCGGCGCUCGGCUUGUCGCGCAAGGCAAGUGGGCGCUUGCUUUAGAAAAGUAUCAAAAAGGGCUUCGCUAUCUCAUGGUGAACCCCCAUUUGCCCGAUUCGCACGCUGGAAACACCGAGUUUGUGCAGGCGUACACGGCCAUGCGCACGCCCUUGCAAUUGAACGGCGCACUGUGUGCACUGAAAAUGACGCCGCCUAGGUACGAAGUCGCAUUGCAGCUUGCGUCGCAGGUCAUGGAGCGCGGCGGGUCCAAGGCGCCCGGUGCGCCGUGCGCAGCCGAUCUUGCCAAAGGCUAUUUUCGGCACGCUGCAGCAUUGUCUGGCAUGAAGCGCGACGAGGAAGCAAAGAACGACUUGGAAUUGGCGCUGCAGCACGCGCCCGAAGACGCUGGAAUCCUCCGCGAGAAAGCUGCGGUGGUGCAGCGGAUGCAGAUGCGACUGCAAAAGCAGCGUGCAGCGUACUCGAAAAUGUUUUCUUCGUAG